UGUCUGCAAAAUAGACUACGGUGACCCCAAAAGGUGUUUGAUGACGUUCCGUGUUGAACAGUCAAAAGAUGAGCUGAGAAACGACAAUAUGGAAGAACCGGAUGAAAAUUCGGACUUCGAUGAUUUGUUUUUGCCAUUUGCAUUGUCCAGAGUGUUACAUAAACAAGGCAUUCAGUCAUCUAGCAAUCAAACAGGUUUUGAAACAAGUGGAGAAUAUGUUGACAUUGUGCUCGACGACGACAACUCUAGCGAAGCCGGAGAUGGCCGGGGAAAAAAUGACCCCAGUCCGCUGGACGUGCUUUCCGAAAGUGGUGACCCGUCGUCUCUUUGCCCAUCUCCUUCACCUCUUUCAUCCGUCAACCCUUCUGAUUCUCAGCCAGACUUUUCAGACCUGAGGCAGGCAAAUUCUUCUUCUAAUAUUUUAGAGAAAUUGGACAGCUUUGACAGUGUGGAAACGGAUAGAGAUGGUGAUGAAUUGCGCGAUAGGAAAGAUUCCAUUUUGGACGGUCUGUUGUGUGAGAUAUAUGACAGGUGUCAUGCAAGUACAAGGCCAAGUGUCGAUAGUGAUGGAUUUACAGAGUGUUCUUCUGAUGGAGCUUAUCUUAGCAGUAAAGGAGAUAGCUUUCAAGAGUCAUCAAGAUUACCGAGAGCCUUGUUGAAUGCUAAAUCAACCAAUGAGCUUCUAGAUAUGGUAAGAGAUCUUCAGCAUGGCACCGCUGUCCUGUCAGGAAGGCUUAUCAAACAGCUAAAGCGAAGAGAUCGUUACCUGGCCAAAAGACAGAAGAACCAGGAUGUACUUACAGCUAUGCUUCAAGCUGUUUCUCAGAAGAGAAGAGUGGAUGCCCAGCUUAGAUUUAGUAUCGAGCCACUACCAGGGAAAAAAGCAUUUAGACAGGUAUGUCCUUUAGUUACUCCUUUGUACUGUUCACAGAGAUCUGAUGGAGUUGGGGUAAAGAAUGAAACAUUGAAAUGUGUCAGAAUUGAUUGAGGUUGAGGGUGCAUUUUACUCCCUCACUGGACUUGUUAGUUGAACCAUGACUGAUUCUUGUAUUUUCGGAAAAUGUUCAUUCCUUAUGAACUAAAACUGUCCUGACAUUCAUCGCCAUGUGUUUUGAAUUUGAUGCUGAAGUUCAUCCAGUGUUUAUCUUGGUCCUGUUGCUUUCCAAUGGUAACUACCAUGGUAACGUGACCCAACAGCCAAUCAAAAUCAAGGAUUUUAUGAAAGUACCAUUGAAAGGCACACUUAUUAUAAAAGUAACUUUCUACUAUAAUAAUUACUCUAGAUCUAAACAGGUUAUAAGAGCCUUUUCUAGAGUUUGAAGGGAUUUCACUCUUUGAGUACCAGAUCACAAUCCUUCCACAUUUACAAUGUUUUAACAUUUUGUUGUUUAUUGAAGUUGGUCAUUGUCAAACAAAAAAAUUGAAUUAUCAAACAAUAAAAAAACAAAAGAAUUAGUGAGUGACAUAUCGACUCCCCAAUUUGCAUGUCACUGCAUUGUGCAUAUAACUGUUUUGUCAAAAAUAACGGAAAUUUUAAAUUGCCAUAACUUUCUUAUAUACCUCCAGGGUUGGCACUUUUUAAACGGUGUGUUUCAAAACAUGUUUUAAAACCCUUUUUUUUUUAAACACCCUUUAAAAAAAAAAAAAAAUUUAAACACCGCAUAGACAUGUAUGUCGUAAAUUUGCAUGGAUGUGAUUUUAGAUGAAUUUUUUUUACAUACUUUUAUUUCUUAUUAAAAGUGGGGCAUUGUUUUCUUCUGACUAAAACUCUUUCUCAACACCACUCCUUUUCUCCUCUUUCUCUUUCCCCCUCUAUUCUCCCUUUCUCUAUUGCUUUGUCAUGUUCCUUUCCUCCCUGUUCAAUUGUGCACAUCAAUCCAUAUUACGAAUAUUCUCGUUUUAACAAACAUAUCUGUGUGUUGUGCUCACUUUUUGGAAGGAAACAAACAAUAUUUAAAAUAAGCUCAAAUACAUGAACAUGUAAUAUAAGUACUUAAAAUGGAAGUGUUGCACAAGCAUAAUAAUAUUUUACAAAUAGACUUUAAAACUGACAUCACACUCUUAAGGUACACAUGAAAGCAGCUGAAACUUUGCGCUUCGUAAAGAUGAAGAAAAGUACUUUAAACAGUAUAAGAUAAUCAGCUAGCAAACCUUAACCCUAACAAUCCCAGGGGACCUUAAUGGCCCUCUCAAAAAUUUCUACCAUAAAUCCAUAAACACGACAGGGCCAUGCCAUAUCGUUCAAGACUAAUAUUGGGAUGCAUGCAUGGGGAUGCGGUUAUGAUCCCGGGGUUAUGAUAUUACACAACAAGUGCAUGUCAGACCCAAAUUUGCUCAAAAACAUGAUUUCAUGUAUAAAGCCAAUGUGAAUUCUUGCCAAAAUUUGUAUCUGUAUCAUUAUUUGUAAUUUUGUUUAAUGAUUGGAAAACUAUUGCAAAUAAUUUCAAUUAAAAAAAACAAUAAGUAAAAAACUGUUCAUAUU